AACUACAAGUUGAUAGCGGGCUUGCCCACGGUCAUAAAUAACCCACUUUACAUUUUAAACAAAAAGAGAAUAGAAAUAACAGGGCGGCUUAUCAAUUAGCCAUGAGUCGUUUGCACGCCACAGGUACACACAUACGCAUUCGCAGUCAAUUGGCCACCGAUUUGAUUUGCCUGAUUUAGUGCUCAAAGAACUUUCAGCAAAUUGGCCCACUCGCCUCGAGGAGUAUUCAAGCAUAUCAUAAUGGGUUGUUGUUGUAGCACGAGUAAAUCUGUCGAUUUGCCACCUGUUCCUCCGGCACCGGGAAAGCAGCGUUCAACUUUGCCGGAAUUCCCUGUCUCUGGAAAUGUGAUUACAUCUCCUGGAGGAUCAGGAUUUAAUGGAGUCACUAAUGCGGCCCUGGAGGACGACUAAGACGGGAUAAAUCAGCGAUUAAGCCACAAUGAAAACGAUUACGCAGAGGGAAAAUUUCUAAAUGAUCAAUUAGCCAAUUGGAUGAGUCACUAUCGAGCUGGAGGUCGGUUUCUCAAUUGACGAAUCCCCGUACAUAUAGGUUUUGUGUAAACAUGUUCUUUAUUGUUUGAAAAAUAUAAACCUUGUGCUGAACUAAAUAUAAUCAUAAUCAAUUCGG